UAUAUUUUAAAUCACAAAGAUUGCACCACACAUUCUUGACAGCCACCUGUUUCCCUUGGUUGUUUUGCAGGAGUAAAAACUAUGACAAAUAUAAACAGUUGCAUCCUGAACUCAAAGUUUAUCAAGUUCGUACUAAGUUGGGUGGAAUCUUUGAAGCCAUUCCCCCUGAGGAGAAGGCUGAAUAUGGGAUGGUUAUCAAAAAGGAAAAGCCGAAAGAUAACAAGACGUUCCAUUGCAAGUGCAACUCUGAAAGGGUUGUGGCUUUAGGAAGAAUAUUGGGUGCUGAACAAAAGAAGGCACUGAGGAAUAUUGGAUUUGGUGCAAUGUUGGAUUUGAAGAUGGACUGUGUGAAGAGCAAGUUAGCUAGGUGGUUAGUUGAUCAGACUGAUGAUGGCGGGAGGGUACUCACUAUGGGUACCACGAUCAUAGAUUUGAAGUCGUAUCUUUUCGAACAUGUUAUGGGGAUUAGGGAUGGCGGUACCCCUAUUAAAUUGCCUAAGAAGAAUCACUACAACCCUUACUGUGAUUUGAAUUUCAACAUGCAUAAGAAAGCCACUACAAUCGAUGACUUGGAGAAAGUGUUCACUAGGGCUUUGGAUGGGAUCGUGCUCGUGGGUCGACUUUCUUAACCAAAGCAUUCAGAAUUAAAGGUAAGAAAACUGCACCUGGUUGUGUGACUAUGUUGGGACUAAGGGUUCCCUAUACUUGUAUGCAAUAUUGUAUGAUUGUAUUAUGCCAUGUGAACAUGAAAUAAAUGGCCUAAGAGUGUCAGAUUUAAUACUGGCAGACGCAGCUCGUCCACUGGUAGCUGAGGACAGCUUAAUAUUCACUGAGCUUGGUUUAAGCGGACUGGAGUCAGUGGAAUAAACAGAGGGUGCGACCUAAGGGCAUCGACCCUGGUUAUUGUAUGACAUGGUUAUUGAUAUUAAUUUGAUGAAUAUGAUAUACUGAAUAUCUAGAUGUUAGAUUGUGGAUCAACUGAUUAUUUUCACUGAUUAUGUGAAUGCAAUGGAGUGCUGAAUAUAUGGUUAUGCUUAAUGAAUUAUUUGAUUAUUGACAUUGAUCAUGCUAUGAUGUUAUGGUUUUCUUGCUCGGCCUUGGCUCACGGAUGCUACGUGGUGUAGGAAAAGGUAAGGGUAAGCUGAAUCAACCCUGAUUGGAGAGCUCUAGAGGUGGAAUGUACAUAGUCAGUUGCUCGACCGCCACGGUCGAGGGAUGGGCAGGGACAGAAGAACUUUAAAUGUCUAUUUCUCCCUUAGAGUGGCUUGUAGUUGUAUAAAACCCUGAAAUUUUUGUAAAUUAUCCUUUAAACUCUAUUUCUUUUGGGAUCCCAUGUAUGAAGUGUGUAUCUAAAUGAAAUGUAUCUUUUAUGACCAAAA